CGGUAAGAAAAUUUCGGAUCGGUAGUGUUAUUUGGGUUGCCCUCGUAAAGAAACCCGAUCCGAAUUUAUUAACCCGUCAAAGAAAGUAAGGAUGAAGUGCGAGCAUUUACAUUUUACACGGCGGACAAGCCAAGAAACUCAAAUGUUUGGGCAAUCUAAGUUUCGAUCCAACGGUGUAAUACAUCAUUCCAUAUCCAGACUGUAUUUCUUUCUGCAUCGGAUCAGAGAAUCCGUUGCCUCUCUAAUUGUCUUUGGAUGUCUUCUCAAAAGCUCUUCAUUCAUGGAUUUGGUCAAGGAAGUUGAGACAUUAGAUAGCUUGGUUGAAGAAAAAACAGCUGAACCAGAAGGAAGCGAAAUCUUAGAACCGUAUGUGGGUAUGGAAUUUGAAUCUGAAGAUGAUGCUAGGAAAUUCUACAUAGAGUAUGCCAGAAGGGUAGGAUUUGUGGUGCGAAUUAUGCAGCGUCGUCGUUCAGGGAUUGAUGGAAGAACUCUUGCUCGUCGUCUGGGAUGUAACAAGCAGGGUUUCUCUCCUAAUCAUAAGGGCACAUUGGGACCAGAGAAAAAGCCACGUCCUAGUGCACGAGAAGGUUGCAAAGCUACUAUCUUGGUUAAGAUGGAAAAGACUGGAAAAUGGGUUGUUACAAGAUUUGAAAAGGAGCAUAAUCAUCCGCUUAUUAUGACAGCCAAUGGAUUCAGUAUCAUGGGUGACAAGGACAAGAAAAUUGAAGAACUCACAAUGGAGUUAGCACAUCAAGAGCAAUUAUGUUCAGCUUAUCGAGAACAUUUGUUUACUUUUAUGAAUAAUGUUGAGGAGCAAACAGAAGAACUAUCUUCAAAAAUUCAAGUUAUCGUUGACAAUGUUAGGAAGCAUGAAGCUGAAAGGCAGAGAUUUACACACCGUAGAUAGCCUUGGUAUUUAACUUGACCACUUUGUCUAUGGUCAGAUUUGUAUAUUUGUUUUCUUGGAAGCUUUUAAUCAUGUACAGAAUUCUUUAGGAUCAUUUUGUUAUAGUCAAGAUGCUUAACAUAUAACAUUGUGCAAUGAACCUUGAAGCAUCUUGUUAGAUGAAAUGGAAGCUUCAUGAUUCUCUUGUGGAUUGCUUUUGCAAUAAAGAGUGGAAAAAGGUUUUAGGCCUAGAACAAGAAAACCCAUUUUUUGCCCGUAUUAGUAGCAUCCUCUUAGAAGAUGCAGCUAGGAACCAGAGAGACGGGGUCAAACCACUAUAAUGGUCAUCCUUGGCUGACAGGACUAUGAUCACUGCAAAAUGGUCAGACAAUGGAGUCGAAGGUCUUAGUAAAAUUGUUUUCAUUGACAGUCAAAUAUCACAUUUUUUUUGUCAAAAAAAAUUUAAGAACAGAGGAAAUUACUUCAUUUUUAAGAUUAGAAUAAUCCGACAAUUCAAUUGAAAUUU